CACAACCACAAACCUUUUGUUUUCGCACUUUAAAUACUCCUUUAUCUUGUUCGUAUAAAACGACACGUCGUUUCACUCUCAUCGAACGCAUUCACGACACGUCGUUUCGUUAGUUAGUUAGUUUUAUUAGUUUUAUUCAUUUCGUCAUCAUCGUUUCGAAUUUCGUUGCAUCAUAGAACUGGUGCAAAAAGAACUGAAGAACGAAUCUUCAAUGAAAUGAACUUCGUUAUUGCUAAAAAUCCUAUUCAUUUUUUCAAUUCUUAUUCAUCGUGCUUUCUUAAUCGUUCUCGUGUUCCUUCGUUUCUUCUUCACAGUUCAAUCACAAAAUGGACACGUGGCACCAAAAUUCUCAGAUUAAGUGCUACAUCUUCAUCUACUUCAACUAUUUAUGGUGGUUGGGAUGAACUUGCUAGCUCAGAAGUUUCCGGUGAGUUUGAUUCGUUGCGCAAUUUUCUUGUUUCAGUUGGAAUCGAUGAUAAGAAGAAUGCUUUCGUUUUCCUCAUGGGGAUUGUUUGUGCUAUGGCGAUUUCUAGGGUUAGGGUUUCUUCUGUGCUUAUUCUUCCUGCUUCGGCUUUUGUUUUCGCCGUUGGUUACUAUGUAGGGUUUUUUCGAAAUGGAAUUUUGUCGAUUGGUGAUGUGAGAGUGAGUGGAAGUAGUAAGAGGAAAGAAAAAGAUGAGAAUUUGAAUUUGAAUGAGAAAUUGAAAAAUUUGGGUGAAUUUUUUGAUGAGAUUGAUGGUGUGGUUAAUAAUAUGAAAUGUGAUUUAGAAAGUUCUAUUAAGAAUAAAAAGAUUAAAAUGGAUGAUUUGUAUGGUUAUGUUGAAGUUACAGAUAAGAUAAAAUUGUCAUCUUUGAAUGGUAGGAAUGUUGUUAAGGGUUUGAUUGAUAAUGAGGAAAAGUUUAAUGGUGUUAUGGUUGAGAAUCAUAAAAAUGGUAGAAGGAAGAAACAAGUUGGUGAAGCUGGAUACCAGAUGCUGCAGUCUAUUGGGAGUUUAUUUCAGGAAAAUUUGCGAAGCUCGAAUUUUAACAAAGUCAGAGAAAAUGUGGAGAAACCGUUGGAUCAAACUCGAGGGAACGGUGCUUUGCCUCCGGUUGAAGAUAGACCUUUGAAUUUGGUUGAUGAUAGUAAUAAAGUAAAUGGCAAGUUGGAUUCUUCUCAAGACUUGAUUACUAACUCUGUUUCGGAUAUGACCAGAAAUGGAAAUAGAAGUAGUACUAAUACUGAGAAAGAAAAUUUUGAGGUAGGGGAUAAUCGCAGAAGGGCUGACAAAUUCCCUGACAAAAAAGAGUAUAGUUACCGGAAUAAAGAAUUGAGGUUCUCAAAUAACCGCAGCAUCUCUUUGAAGAUGGAUUCAAGCAGCGUGACAGACAUGUGGGAAUCCCAGGAUAAUCAGCUUAAUUCUGAAAGGUUUAAAGUUAGAAUGAAACGCGUGGAGAGCGAGACUUCCUUUUUGCGUGAGCAAUUGCUCGAUCAAGACCAUGAAACUUUCAGGUCUUCUCUUGGCAAGAGGGAUAGUGAGUCUGAUAAUAGGUCUCAAUAUAAAGAAGAUAGAGAUAGGGUGAAUUAUGAUGUCAAUUUCAAUCUUGAUGAUAACUUGUCUGAGAGUGAGAAUGAAUUCGACGGCCCUUCAUCUACAAACUUUUCAGAUGAUAUGAUGUUUGAUAGGUAUCUUGGUGAAGCAAUGGAUCUUCUAAAACAAUCAAAAGAGUUUGUAAAAGGUAUUUAUGAUGGCGAACAAGCUGAAAUCAUGUUAUACAAGUCUGCAAACUUACUCUCCAAAGCUGUGGACUUGAAGCCUAUGAGUUUGUUGGCUGUAGGACAGCUAGGAAACACUUAUCUUCUUCAUGGAGAAUUAAAGUUGAAGAUUAGUCGUGAACUAAGAACUCUUCUUUCGGGAAGCACUCGUCCGUCAUCUGCAAAACAUAGUAGAAUAUUGAAGGAAUUGAGAAAUAAAAUUUCCAGUAAAGAAGAAGCUAUGCAAUUGCUUAUUGAUGUAUGUGAAGAGUGUGAAGAGCUACUGGUGAAUGCAGGAAGAAAGUAUAGACUAGCAUUGUCAAUUGAUUCAAAUGAUGUGAGAGCCCUAUAUAAUUGGGGCCUUGCACUCUCUUUCCGUGGUCAAUUGAUAGCAGAUAUUGGUCCGGGUGCAGCUUUUGAGGCUGAAAGGGUAUUCUUGGCGGCAAUUGACAAGUUUGAUGCUAUGCUGUUGAAAGGCAAUGUUUAUGCCCCAGAUGCGUUGUUCAGAUGGGGUGUAGCUUUACAGCAGAGAUCUCGGUUAAGGCCAGGAAGUAGUAAGGAGAAGUUAAAGUUACUUCAGCAGGCUAAAAGGCUAUAUGAAGAUGCUCUUGAUAUGGACUCCAAUAACAUGCAAGUGAAAGACGCCUUAUCUUUGUGUGUCUCUGAGCUUAACUAUAGACAAUUUUAGUCAAUUCACGAAAGAGCUAUCCAGAAGAAUCCGUUAUACUACUAUUAUUAUACCUGCUUUGGAUCCAGCAGCCAGCAGGUAUAUCUGCAUAAUAAGUGGCCUUUAGUGUAAAUGAGUUAUAAUUCCCAGUUUCCUCUUCUUCCUAUUGAUUUUUCAGAGAAUUAUACAAAGACAAUAGGUAUAAUAAGUUAAUAACAGUAAUAAUAAAGGUUAAAUAAAACCAUUUUUCCUUUAUAUUUUUCAAUUCUACCAUCAAUGUCCAAUUCAGUUAUCAUGAAUUUUUGUUAUAUGGAUAUAAAAUAAUAUCUCUGAUAAUACUCAUUGUGGCACACACUUGAGUGAUUUUUCCUUCUUGUUUUGUUGCAUGGUAAACUAUAGGCUAGUUUAUAUCAUUCUAGGUCUAGGGUUAAAUUUCAAAUUAGUAAUUGUGUUUAAGAUCUUACUGCUGCCUCUAUUUUUAAAAUGGACAAUUUCUGAAAAAA